AGUCCUGUGUGAUAGAGAUGAACUCCGGUGUGGGGUUUGUAAGAAGACAAUGCUUGUGCUUACUUUGUUCUCCUCUCUCCGCUUUCUAUGUGUGGUGUGUUCUUGUGGCUUUGGUGAUGCUUCCCUGAAAUGACUGAACAGAGGUGCACCUAUCAAAGUGGGAUAGUUUUUUUUGUUUCUCUUUUGCUUUUUGUAAAAGCGAGGCGUGUAAUGACACCUCAGUUUCUGCUGCAAUGUGUGAGCACCUUUAGUAUGCAUGGGGAAAUUUGUCACCUUUUAUCAGAAACGUGAGUGCCAGAUGAGUUGUCAGCGAUUUGCUCUGGGUCCGGGAGCUCUGUGAGACUUGGGAGGGUCACUCUGCAGAGCCAGUCACUGUGCCCGGAGUAAAGUCACCAAGCGCUGAGCCCUCCGUGCUGCUCCCCUCGGUUAUGGUGCAGGAGCAACUGGACUGACCAUGGCUUGGCUGCUGCUGCUGGCUGCACUAGCUCUGAGCGGCUCUGCUGAGGAUCCUGAUUUGGUUUGCUACAGGAACUGCACCCAAUGCAAUUUCAUCUGCACUUGGAGAGCUAAGGCCACAUCAGAAAAUGUCACCUAUAGUCUUAAAUUUUGUUAUCACAGCUCCUAUCCCUGCAAGGAAUUCAAGACGGAGUCCUCCACUAGCUGGAGCUUUCCUUAUCGGAAAUUGCGGGUCCUACAGAACUCCACUGCCUGGGUGGAAUCCCACAGUGGAGGCAGAGUUGAAAGGACCCAGAACAUCACUUUGCAACUGGAGAAUGCCAUCAAAUUGGAUCCGCUACUGCCUCAUCGAAUAACAUUCUCUAGAUCCAGUGGUACUCUAACGCUGGCACUGCAACAGCUAGAUAACUGGACUGUCAGAUACGAACCGUUACGAAGGGAAGCUCGGUACAGACGGAUGAAGGACACCGAAUGGACGCAGGUGGAGUGUCAGACACGAGGUGAAUACAAGGGUAACAACAUAACAGCGAUAUGCAGCUUGGAAACAGCAGCAGCCUGCGAAAUCCAGAUUCGUCACAGAACGGCCCAUUGGAGCAGCUACUGGAGCGACUGGAGCAAAUCCAUCUUUGUUCCUGAGGAAAUUCCAGAGGUGAAUUACACGGUGGGGAGACUUGGGAGGAACGGGCAGAGAAACAUGACGUUCCAUUGGCAGGAAGCCCGUGAGGAGCAGUGGAAAGUCAAUUACACACUAGCUGUCUACAUGCCAGUGUGCAGGUGCACAGCGCUGAAGAAGGAGGUUCCUGAAAAGGACGAGACAAUGCUGAUCUUGGCUCUCUCUGGGGCAGAGUAUCACGUUUCUAUGAGCGCAUCUAACCCAGCAGGGAGAGGUCCUGUGCAAACGUAUCACAUUCCUCCAGAACAUCGCACAGAAAUGAACUUUCUGAAUGUCAGCUCGGAUGGCAGCAAUGUGACAGUGCAGUGGGCAGCAAAGACCAAUGGGACCUUCUACUGCUUUGAGAAGCAACCCCUGGAAGAGCCCCAGGAGGACCAUGAGGAAUGCAUCUGCAAACAAUUCUUUGAAAAGGACAGCUCUGUGAAUAUAGGGACAGUGAAACCCAGGAAGUGUUACAGAAUUACCAUUCAUGGAGGGGGGCCAGAGAAGCACUGGACAUUCGGUUCCAUGUACCACUUUGCUACUAACACUUCUUUUGAUGGGCCUAUUCACAUCCAGAACAUCACAGCAAACUCUGCUUUCCUGCUAUGGAAGCCGUCACCGCUCUCCCAAUGCCCCGGCAUUCUGAAGAAAUACAUUAUCUGCUACACAAGUGAGCAGGACAACAGAACGGCAUAUCAGGAAGCAAAUUCCUCAGCGACCCACUACACCCUACAGGACCUGCAGCCCCGCACCUCCUACAAAGUUGGGAUUCAGGCAGCCACAGCAGACAGAGAUGGAUCCUGCAGCCCCCAGCACCUGUUUAAGACCAUGAAGCUCGGUCCCAACCCUGCAGAGUGGAAGCUCAACCUCAGGUACCUCAGUAUUUUCCUAGGCGUCCCUAUCCUGGCUACAUUUUGCCACUUCAGCAAAAAGAGGGCCAAGAAAGUGCUGUUCCCGCCUCUGCCCAACCCCAUGGACAGCGAAGCAAUCAAGUUCCCAGCUGAGGAGAUGAGCCAGGUGAAGCCGCGACCAGGCUUUGUGGAGCCGUCAGAGAAAGUCAGCGGCACAGAACCGCUAGUGACCGAAUUCAUGUCAGACAAAGGGGAGCCUGACAUGAACACAGAGACUCACUCGCUGCAUCUCUACACCCAGACUGAAGAAACAGCAGAGAUGUUACAGGCCAAGGAAGGGCAGGCAGGCUCUGAGAAUGACCUGCCAUUUGAGUACAGAAGGCAGGUGCUUCUGACCCCAGCGGAAGAGGAACAGGAAGAAGAUGAUUUCAGCGCAUUUGCUGGUGUUUGUGGUCAGAAUAACCUUGCCGAAGCAGGCACAGGCCCUUCUCAGCCCCACCCAGACGAGGGUGCUGCCAUGGAGCUGACAGGGCUCUCUCGGCCUCUGGUACAGCUCUCCUUGCUGCUCUCAGACAAGCCUGUCAUAAUAAAGAAUGGGGGCAGCUUUGACCUUUCACAUGAUAAGUGAGCUUAUCAUGAGGGUUCAGCUUGGGAUAGCCUGGGAAGACAGAGCAUUGCAGUGACAAGACACCGUGUGCUCGGGCCCAUCUGGGCAGAGACCCAUGGUGCAGGUCACAGGAGCCUCAGCAGGCCUUCUGAGAGCCUUCCGACCUCAGCCUUGCAGCACUGCUAGGUCUUUUUUCAGAUUUCGUGUGUGAACUCUUUGCGGCAGGGACUGUCUUUUAAUUUACACAUGUCCCAGUCCCACAAUAAAAUACUGACUAGGAAGUAUGAACUGUUCGAACAUCCUCUACAUUUUGAUGUGCAAGAAAAGGUCCCACAGUCCAGCCACGGUCUCCUAUUAUUCCAGAGCCCACUUCCUUGUCUGAGAUUCUGUACGGUGGCAAUAACAGGUGGUCGGUUUUGCAGGCAGGAGUUUCCUUACAGAAUGCUGAACAAAAUCAUUCCUGGAUAAAGACUUUGGUCACUAAAAUUGACAAGCUGGUUAUAGAUCCAAGUCUCUGUUCACCCACUAAGCA